UCAAUUUCGUCUAGAGAGGAUAACGUUUUGAAAGCUUCUGCCAUGUAACACGGUGCAAAAGUGUUAAGUGUGCAUAGUGUCUUUUGCAUUUCAAUAUUAAAUCCCCAAGGGGAUUCAUGUGUGUGAAAUCCUUUUAGAAAAAUCACAUCUAGAUAAAAGGCUAAAAAUGAAAUAAAAAUUCAAAAAAAAAAAAAGGAUAAGCGUGUGAAUUCCAUUAGCUUCGCGUCCUCGUUGUCGGGGUUCUCUUGGUUCUUCGGUUGUCGUUCUCGUCAUCCUUAUACAUCGUCAUCAUCGUCCUCGUUCAUCACUUCACAUUUUUAUAUAUUUUGUGACUGUGCACAGUGCAACGAAAACAAAAAAAAAAAAAAAAAAAAAAUUGAAAAAAAAAAUAAAAUAAGUAAAAAUUCUAGGACUGCAUGUAGGAUAAGAUAGAAAAACACACACACACACACUACCACCCACUCCCACUCUUAGCCCGCAAAAACACACAUAUGUACUUUUGUAUUUUGCAUAUUAUAUGCUAUGCAUAAGAGGCAGAGGGAAUAAAUUACUAAAGUGGUACUACACUCAACUCUGAAGACGUCUAAAGUUGACAGCCAGCAACAACAACAACAACAACAGCAACAACAUCAACAGCAUCACAUCAGAGUACUUGAGUUUAGCUUCAGCCAGCUCUUUGCUCCUGCUCCUGAAUUUUGAUCCUGAUUCGUAUAGAGAGAUUCUUCGUCUUCUUCUGCUGACUCUUCACACAGUUCAGGAAAUCAAAUACCAAAGCUAAAACAGAGAAGCCAUUAACAUCAUCAUCAACAUCCUGAUGAUGAUGAUCAUCAUCAUCAUCAUCACUAACAACAACAUCAUUUAAGAGAUUGCCAUUGCUACUAUACUCGAUUGCCAAAUGAAAAUCAAAUGAAAAUUACGAAUUCAUUAAGCUGCCUAAGUGACAUGAUACCCGACAACGUCCCAUCGAACUGCUACCAAAAUCCACUUCUACUACUCCACUACGAAGCCAACAACUCUGCCGCCAUCAUCCGUCGUAGUUGUACUUGUUGUUGCUCCUCGGAUAUUCACAGAUAGUUAUGGCAUGGACGGAGCAUCAUCCGACCGGCACGCAUAACCAUCGAUAUCUGCUCCACCAGCAGCAGCAACAACAACCGAACCACUCGUCCACCCAAAUGUGGAGUAAUCAAUUCAACUUCUACAACAGCCUGAUAUGCCAUGGCCCCAAUAAAUCGUCAAUUAGCCACAACAGCCACAAGAAGUACCACCAAUCUAACCACCAAAACAAUAAUAGAAUCAGUAGCAGCAGAAUCAUCGUCGAACUCGAAACAACCAAACAGCCAUCACCAGUGUAGACCAAAGAGGAAUUCAAAAUUUAGCCUAAGCUCCUCGUCGCUCCUCGUCCUAAUGAUGUACGCUGCCCUCUCUGGCCAAUUAAUGGCCGACUGCCCCAACCUGUGCGAGUGCAAGUGGAAAAGCGGCAAAGAGUCCGUUCUGUGCCUUAAUGCGAAUCUCUCUCAUGUCCCGCAACGCCUUGACGCCGGCACCCAAGUGCUCGACCUCACUGGCAACGAAAUCACCAGCAUCCCACACGACACAUUCGCCAAUGCCAAUCUCCUCAACCUGCAAAAGGUAUUCAUGGCCAAGUGCCGUUUGCGAACCAUCGAACGGUUUGCGUUCCGCAAACUGAGCAAUCUCGUCGAACUCGACCUGAGCUACAACCAGCUAACGGCUGUGCCGUCACAGUCUUUCGAAUCCAUUCCCGAGCUGAGGGAAAUAAAACUAACUGGCAAUCCAAUUUACCGUGUGGCGGCCGAGGCCUUUGUCCGAGUGCCGCAAUUAGUGAGACUGGAACUGAGUGAUUGUAAGAUAGGUGUGGUCGAGUCGAGGGCAUUUGCCGGUCUCGAGGUGACCCUGGAAUGGCUCAAAUUGGAUGGCAAUCGACUGAAUGACAUACGUUCGAGUACGUUGACAGUGCUGAGCAAUUUGCAUGGCCUUGAAUUGGCCCGAAAUCAGUGGAAUUGCUCGUGUGCCCUUCGACCUCUGAGGUCGUGGAUGUUGCGCGAGAAUAUACCCUAUGGGAUACCACCCAUCUGCAGGGCACCGCCCAGGUUGGCCGGGAAGACUUGGGACAAGAUUGAUUUGGAUGAUUUUGCGUGUGUGCCACAGAUAAUAGCAACAGACACUACAGCGCAUGGGGUCGAAGGGCGUAAUGUGACAAUGAGUUGUUAUGUUGAGGGUGUACCGGAGCCAAAUGUACGAUGGAUGGUCAAGAAUAGGGUAAUUGCAAACCUCUCUGGAGAAUCAUCACCACGAACAUCCGCCACUACCCAAGGACGCAAAAUGUAUGUAGUCAAUCUACUGCGGAAUGCCUCCAAUUUGACAAUCCUAACCGCCGACAUGCAGGAUGCUGGCAUUUACACGUGCGCUGCUGAAAACAAAGCUGGAAAGGUGGAAGCUAGUGUCACAUUGGCAGUGUCACGUCGGCCGCCCGAGGCGCCACUCGGUGUAAAAAUCAUCCUGGUGUGCAUCCUGAUUGCUUUGCUCUUUGUCGUGGGUUCAUCGUUCGCUGCCAUUUGUUUUUGUUCGUUGAGGAAACGACGGAAGAUGCGUCUGUGGAAUACGCCAGCGGCUCGUACGGAGAGUUAUGAGAAAAUCGAAAUGAGUGGCCGUGGUAACAAUAAGCCAUCACAUGAUAUGAGACAGUUCCGUUUGUCACAGAGUACAGGAGACAGCAAUGGCGGCGGUGGUGGUGAUGAAAAUGGUUGGCUGGGUCGACAUAUUGAGAAUGGUGGGAUUGCACUUGUGAAUACAACGGCCGAUGCAAGACGGAAUGGAGAGUACCGAAACGUGCCGACUGAUGACGAUGGUACCGGAUAUGAGGAUAGUGACAAUAAUGGAUGUACGAGUUUUAGUUUGCCACUGCAUCAAGGAGGACCAUCGUCAAGGAAGGAUGUUAGCGGUGGUGGUGGUGGUGGUUCUGGGAAUACACAACGAUGGAUGGGUGUGACGUUGAAGAGUAGUCCGCAAGAAGUUAGGCGGAAAAACUCUUUGGGAGCGGAUACAGAUGCUGAUCUACACAUACCAAGGCUUAUUGAUAUAAGCUCUGUGCCAGAGACUGUAGCAAGUUCGAUCUCAAGUCAAGUUGAUGCAGCUGCACGCCUCUCAGCUGGCUACACAUGGUCAGGUAAAAAAACCUCCCCUCUACUGGCAAAACCUUCAAACGUUGCAACGACUUACAUUGGAGACGAUGUCAACUCUUCUGUAUUCUGUUCCUCACGAACGCCCGACGUAGAUUUCUUCGACAGCAAGUAUCCAGAUCUCCUGGAUAUGUCAAAAUACACCAAUAUCACAUCGACACUGCCUACUUCGUCAAUAGUAAGUACAACGAGUGCAAUUGGUGGUGGCUUAUGCACGUUACCAAGAAAGCUGAAAAAUACGGGCAAGUACUUUAAAAAUUCCUCCGAUAGUCAGUCGCCAUUGUUGGCUGAUAAUUCUAGCAAAUAUGGCAGCAGUACACUAGGCGAUGCAACGUAUCUUGGUGACUUUGCUCUAGGACGAAGGUUCUCUGCGGAGUCAUGUUCGAAUUACACAGGUGUUCGAACAACCAGUCAACGAUCUAACAGCUAUCUCAAUCUCGUACAAAGUUCCAAGGCAGGUGGAGGAGGUCUACCACCACCGGUUAGUACUCAUCGACGUAAUCCCAGCCUGCCUUCGUCACCUGUACACGAGGCUUCGAGUACAGCUCAUCAUCAAAGAUCGUUUAGUUCAGCGGCAACGCCACUUCUCGACUUUAGUAGCCUAACAAGUCGAUCUGGGGGCGUGCCACCACCGCCGCUGCCACCAUCAACCUCAACUGUGACAGCCUACGACUACCAUGCGGCACAGCUGGAACGAUUCCUGGAAGAAUAUCGAAAUCUUCAGGACCAGUUGUGUAAAAUGAAAGAAACCUGUGACACGAUUCGAAAGAAGGAAGCACCCCUCCGAGGAUCUAUGGGUCAUUCGGCACAAUUUGCCGACCCAGUGAUGUAUAAUGCUGCUUUAGCUAAUAGCCCAUUGGGUGGUGAUUGUUUAACCCCGCCAAAUCCUAAGACUGCAAUGCUUAAGAAUAAAGCAGUUUUACCGGGUCAGCCACCAGAACCGCCACCAUAUUGGCUCCAUCGAAAUGUUAUGUUGAAACGAUUAAAUGACUCACAAACUGAUAUAUUCAAAAGCUAACUUUUGGAGGAAGAUGAAGAUGUAGAAGAUGAAAAUGGGUUAGCAUAAGUUAGUUAAAAAAAAAAAUAUAAGGUGCGUUUCUCUAUAAAAAAAAAUGUAGCUAUUCUCCGUUAACAAUGUUUUUAAAAAACAAUUUUUCAACUUAAAGACAGAAAAAACCAAAAACACAGGACAGAUUUAUAUUUAUAUAUAAAGAGAGAAUAAUAAACUGAAUUUAGUAUAAAAACACAAGAAAAGAAAGAAAAAGAGACAGAGAGAGAACCCUCUUUAAUUUAUAUAUAAAAUUUCCUCUUAAGCGUAUUCUAAGAGAAUAAUCUCUCUUCAAGAUGGCGUAGCUAAAAAAAAAAUAAACACUGGUGGAAAGAGUGAUGACGAUGAUGAUGAAGUUAACUUAAGUCUUUCUUCGAAUCUACACAUAAUCAAUUAGAUUAUUAUACAAAUUAAUAAUUAAAAAAACAGAAAAAUAUAUCUAAAAAAAACUUGAAAAGGUAACUGAAAAGUGAUUGAAAGAUAAAAGAGAAGAGAACAAAAUAUAAAAAUAUAAAGAGAAAUGCUAAAAUCAAAGAUCAUUUUAUAGUGUAACUAUAUUGUAAUUUUAGGGAAAAAUUCAAUUAUAAGCAUAUUUAAGAAAUUUAAAAAUAAAAUUAAUAAAAAAAAGAACUAUAGAAAAAACCAAAUUUAAUAUAAUAAUAUAAAAAAAAAAAAUAAAUGAGAGAGAGAAAGAGUUAUAAAUUUUUUGUACAAUUUGGAUAUUGAGAGAAUGAAAUUUUAAAAAUAAGAAAAGAAAAGAGUAAGGGUGGAUUUUAAAUGGCUUAUGGGGCUUAAUUUUUUACAAAA